GCGUCUGCGUCAACCAAUGGCGUCGCGGCAUUGGCUCAGCUUGCGGCAUCUUUGAGAGGAGGAAAAAAAAAAGGGGAAAGAAGAAAAGGGCGCAUAACGGUGCGCUUGAGGCCGAACAAUGUCGCUGGAUUAUUUAAACGUUUAAAAAGCGCCGCUCGAUGAAGACGACGACGAGCAGAGUCCAACAACAAGCAUGGUGGAGAGAAGGAUGGCCUGGGUGUGGAAGAGGAAGUCGGUGAUGGCCACGGGCCUGGCGGUGGUGGUGUCGCUCUUUGUGGUGGCCGUCAACUUACAGUGGCAGCCCGUGCUGAGUGAAACGUUGGGCGGCCGCUGGGCGUCGUCCAAGCAGGCGUACCAGGCCUUCAAGCCUCACCUGGGCUACGUCAGCAUCCCCAAACAAGAACCCCUGAAGCUGAACUGCGAGCUGUGCAGCGUCGUGUCCAGUUCAGGACAGAUGCUGGGCCAGGCGGCAGGCGCGCUCAUCGACCGCUCGCCAUGCAUCUGGCGCAUGAACAACGCGCCGACGCGGGGCUUUGAGCGCGACGUGGGCCGCCGCACCACGCUGCGGGUGGUGUCGCACACCAGCGUGCCGCUGCUGCUGCAGAGGCCGCAGCACUUUUUCGGCCAGCACAACGACACCGUCUACGUGGUGUGGGGCCCGCUGAGGAACAUGCGCAAGGACGGCAAGGGCGUGGUGUACAACAUGCUGCGGCAGGCGGCCGACAGCUACCCGCACGCGCGCAUUUACGUCACCACGGAGGACAGGAUGAACUACUGCGAUAUGGUCUUCAAGAAGGAGACGGGGAAGGACAGGAUCCAGUCGGGCUCGUACCUCAGCACCGGCUGGUUCACGCUCAUCCUGGCCAUGGACAUGUGCAAAGAGAUCCACGUCUACGGCAUGAUCAACGACACCUACUGCAAGACGGAAGGCUAUCGCAACGUCCCCUACCACUACUACGAGGCGGGCAGCAGGGACGAGUGCGCCGAGUACCUCCUUCACGAGAGCGCCCCCUACGGAGGGCACCGCUUCAUCACGGAGAAGUCUGUGUUCGCCAAGUGGAUCAAAAGCCACGCCAUCAAGUUCUUCAACCCGCCCUGGCAGCUGUCGUGACCCGCCGAGAGCGUUUAUCCCGGGUCCCGGACUUCAUCCAUAGGUUUUGGGAUUGUUUUUUUCCACGGAUUGCUCUUCUUCUCAUUGAAGUCAUAAAAACACCUGCCGAUGUCCAUCUUGGAUCCACCCAACAGAGACAUAGUGUCAGGCUCAAACACUGAUGACAUCUACUCAACAGACAAAGAAGCAAGGAAUUAAACAGAGACAGAAUUAAAUUUGGCUCAAUGAGGAGAAACGCGUAGACCUGUACCCUUGCACGGUGUCCCACCACACUCUAACGAAAGAUUGUACGCCUCUUCUUUUAUUUGGACUUUCCCUGAUUACAUGGCAACAUCUGUUUCUAAAGGGAGGGGGGUCGUAAACAGCCGUCGCCUUUGGUUACAAAACAGUUCAAAGAAAAGGUGCCUGGAGUGGGGUCAGGCCCUGCUUCCUCUGCACUUUGUAGAUCUCGGGUCAAGACAAAAUCUUCCCGUGGAUUACAAUACAUCAAAGAAACCGACACCUUCAUGUCGCUUACCAUCCUACACAGUGGAGUUUUACAAGCCUUUUGAUUGGUAAGAUCAAAGACAGCUUUUGUCUGCUCGCCGGGAACUCAUUGAAACACGUUUUGUGAUAACUUAGAUACAAUUAUUCUGACACAUAGUCUUGGUACCCUUGGUCCACAUUGGUCCUGAAGGUGGAUCCUUCUUCAGCUUCGUAAGCCCUCGCGAAGCCUUUGAGGGCGUCAACAGAUUUUUAUUUUGACUCACCGACUUAUAUACUGCAGACUCCGCCUUCACGCAGCAAAGGAAGGAAGAAGUGUGUGAUGACCAGAGGUGGGUAGAGUCGCCAGAAAUUGUACUCAAGUAAGAGUACUGUUACUUUAGAGAUUUAUUACUCAAGUAAAAGUAAGGAGUAGUCACCCAAAUAUUUACUUGAGUAAAAGUAAAAAGUAUGUUGUGAAAAACUACUCAAGUACUGAGUAACUGAUGAGUAACCUGUUCGUUUAAUGAUGACGGCAACAAAUAAUGCACAAAAACAUAAAAAUAGCAAUGAGCAAAUUCAGAGCCAGGAAUAUCUCUUAAGCAACUAAAACAAUAAUAUAUAUUAAAUAAUAAUAUAUUAACAUAAAAAAAAUUAAGGCAAAUUGAGCCACAAUAACUUAACAGCACCAUAGGUUUAGUAGGCAGAUAUUACAAAGGAAAAUAACAAGUUAGCCUUUAC